CCCGCAUCCGGCUCAACAUUCCAACAUGGCAAGCCGAAAAGGUUCGCAGCAAAGCCGGGUAAAUGGUGAUAAAUAUUCCGUGUUGUUGCCAACUUACAAUGAACGUGAAAACCUACCUCUUAUUGUGUGGCUACUGGUGAAGUACUUCGGUGAAAGGUUAGUAGUCGUUUCAAGUCAUUAGUUACAGAAGCUCUAGCCCAGAGUGAAUGACAAGAUCUGUAGCCCACAAUCGGUGAUGAGCUGUCACUAAACAUCUGAUUUGCCAGGGGACAGCUAAUGGCUUACUUUAACAAUCUGUUGUUGAGAUUUCCAGCCGCUCAUUUGUAAUAUCAUUUUAUGAAAUACCCCCUGUUUUUUUUCUUCAGAAUAUGACUUAUAAAUACCUUAAUGAGCUUAUUACAAAUGCCUUACCUCUUCAUAACAACAAAAGGAAGUUGUGGGUGGGCCAGUCAAUUAUUUAAACAAGCAACACUGUACUCCAUAGACAUCAAAGACUGCAAUGACAUUUUACAUGUUGUGCCUUUAAAAGAGUAAAUCUUGUAAGCGAACUAAUGCAGUGGUCUAAGGCACUGCAUCUCAGUGCUUGAGGCGUCACUACAGACUCCCUGGUUCGAUUCCAGGCUGUAUCACAACCGGCCAUAGGGUGGCGCACACGUCGUCCGGGUUUGGCCGGUGUAGGCCGUCAUUGUAAAUAAGAAUUUGUUCUUAACUGACUUGCCUAAUUAAAUAAAGGUAAAAUAAAAAUAAACUCCAUUUCAACAGAUCUUGCACAUUUGUAUUUUUAGUGAUCCAAUUGACAUUUUAGUAAUUUAGCAGACGCUCUUAUCCAGAGCGACUUACAGUUAGUGAGUGCAUCAAUUUUUCAUACUGGCCCCCCGUGGGAAACGAACCCACAACCCUUGCGUUGCAAGCGCCAUGCUCUACCAACUGAGCUACAGGAGGGCCAAUGAAUACAUUUUGACUGAAGCUAUAACUGGAACAAUGAUAGUUAAUUGUAAAGUCCCUGUUUUAAUCAGUUGUCAGAUUAGCAUAUUAUUUGUUGUGUGCUGAGUUGAAACAUCUGUUUGUUAUUUGCAGUGGAUAUAACUAUGAGAUUAUUGUAAUUGAUGAUGGAAGUCCAGAUGGGACACUUGAGGUGGCAGAACAACUGCAGAAGAUAUACGGAGAGGACAAGAUAGUAAGUGAUUGGAAUAGAUAUUAGUAGUUGUAAUUUGACAUUCACAUACCUGCUGACAUAACACAACACUCAUUCUUUCUCUGCUCUGUGUUGGGUUUUUUCUCCAGCUCCUUCGACCAAGAGCAAAGAAACUAGGGUUAGGCAAGUGUCACAUACUCAUUAAUUAAAGUGAACACAGUGUUGCAUCUGUAUUUAGAAGAAUAUCUCAGACACUCUACACACACGUCUGAUAAUGUCAUUUGAUUCUUCAUACAGGUACUGCCUACAUCCAUGGCAUCAAACAUGCUACAGGGAACUAUGUCUUCAUAAUGGACGCAGACCUCUCCCAUCAUGUGAGUGGAUCUUCUAUAUAUCUGGAGGGGACAAUACAAUAGCAGAUGAACAGGGUGGGAUAGUGGCUACGGACCCUGUACAUUCAAUAUUCACAAUGUUUUAGUCCAAUACUAUUUUUAGUUCCUUUUAUUAUUCAGGAGGUUACUUGUGGUGUUAUAAAACUUGCUUGGUUAAAUAGGCCUAUUUGUAUACGAAUGCAUCAUAGACAGAAUUGUCUUUUUAAAUCCUUUGCAUGCAUGCUAAAAUACAUCCAUUUUGCCUUUGUUUACAGCCUAAAUUUAUUCCAGAAUUCAUAGAGUAAGUCAUCUAUUUUAAUUUAUACAAAAAUGUGAAUAUUUUUCUGAAAUCCACACGUUCAAUAGCCCACUGCAUCUCUACCAUAUGAUCGUCUGUUGCCAAGUAGCUGAUGUGAAUGUGUUUGUCUCCAAGGAAACAGAGAGAAGGCGGGUAUGAUCUGGUGUCAGGCACCCGAUACAGAGGAGACGGGGGCGUAUACGGCUGGGACCUGCGCAGGAAACUCAUCAGGUGACUGCAGUGGCACGCUCUCACUUCUGCUACAUUAAAAUUGUUGGCUGUCAGUUAUCCUGCUUGUGCUAGCACACAAAGCAAGCACCAAACUUUAAUUAAAUAUUCAAGUUUCCUCAUCUCGUUUUGUCCUUCCCUCUCUCUCUCUUACAGUCGGGGAGCUAACUAUGUCACACAGGUGCUGCUGAGACCUGGGGCAUCAGACCUGACUGGCAGCUUCAGGUAAGUGGCAAAAUGUAAAUAAGUGUGAAGAACAGCAGGUACAGUUAUCACACUUACAUACUGGCACAUCAGCUUCUAUCAGUGAGCUAUUAGUCACUGUCAGAUGAAAACCUUGUAACUCCAUUUAUGUCAAUAAAACAUUUUUGAAAGCAGUCCUCUGAACAGGACCAAUAAAAUUUAUUCAAAAUAGCUUCUGAAGUUUCGUAAUUAUAUGCUUGUUAAUGGGAAAAUAUGGCCGUUUUUUCAAUUUCCUGAAAAGUUUCUGUUUUGGAGAUGAGAUGUUUUCAUUCGACAGCAACGUAGUGAGUGUUAUCUCACGUUGUGUUUGUUCUAAUGCAUGGUGACAUCAGGCUCUACAAGAAGGAAGUACUGGAGAGUCUGGUGGAGCGGUGUGUGUCCAAAGGCUACGUCUUUCAGAUGGAGAUGAUUGUCCGUGCUAGACAGCUGAACUACACCAUUGGAGAGGUGGGGACUUUCAACCCUUUGUGUGUUUUGUGUUGUUGUACCAUUUUGAACGCUCUGUUUGUCAUGUCAAUAGGUUGUAUGUAAGUUAAACUAUACUUUUUCUGUCUUCCAAACAGGUUCCAAUUUCGUUCGUGGAUCGUGUUUAUGGGGAGUCAAAACUGGGAGGAAAUGAAAUAGUGUCGUUCCUGAAAGGACUGCUUACUCUCUUCGCGACAACAUGAUUUAUGAUGCUCUAGGACUCAGCAGCACUGCUUAUGUGAUGUUUUUUAGUCAUUCAGUAAGGGUCUUAGUGCAGUAAUUAGCCAAAAUAAGAGUCAG